CGAUACGAGCCACCAGGAACGAACAUGAACCUGCAGACAUGACAUCAUCGCAACGCACAUCCGUGCCAGAGCGGAAAAGAAGAAGGCCUGUUACUGUAUACGAUGCAGUCGCCGGCCGCGCAGGCUACGAAGGCUUUCUGACGGCACCACAACCGUCGAAGUACCGGGACACGGCCAGUCACAGCACUACAUCAGUGCCUCCAGAGGAAGUUCUAUUUCGACGGAAAGGCGCACCCGUCAGAUACGAAGAAGACGACAUCUACUUCGCGAAUCGACAUUUGACACCAGAUCAAAGACUCCCCGACUCCGAUUUGCUCAAGACGAUCCACACCUAUGCAUCCGACUUUUACGCUGCUACGACUGCCGACGAAGACGGGGAGGAGUUCAGGAGUCUGGACGAGACUGCGUUGAUCGCGAUGGGCAUCUUGCUGGAGGAGGCUGCGAAGGAGGCGGUGGGGGAAAGUGGGUUCCUCGCCUUUCUUGAGCCGAGCGACGCAGGCCAGGCUGCUGCACAGAAGCCACCCUGAGGUUGGACCUGGAGACUGCAAAUUCAAACGGGAUUUCUCUCGCUUGCACUCUGCCAAACAUGGCCUUGGACGGAGAUGUCACCCUCGACUGCUGAUCAGGGCUGUGGCGCACAUACCUUUUUUUGAGACAUCUCCACUACCGAUGGUGACUCGUCAACGACUACCGAAGACUUUCCUGCUACCAUGGAGCUUCUGUAAUGGAUCAUGAGUAAGAUGGUGCUUGUGGAAUGAGAGCACGAAUCGACUCUGGGCAGAAGACAGUCCCAUAGCAAAGGGGCUGUUCCCAUUCGUAUCAUGCAUUUCCAUGCCCAUCACCGACGUUCCUCGAUUUGCAGGCCCGAGCGUCUCGAAUGCUGACUAACACUUCCGCCGAUCGCCGAACGCUUCAACUUUCUCGCCAAGCACUCACUCAAGCUCACCUUUGCAAC